AUGAAGCUGGAAGCCAGCUGUGGCACAGCCACCUCAGAGGUCACUAAGCCGGAAAAGGGGGCUGCCCCAGAUGCAGAGCCAAGCUCUGAAACCCGGCCACAGGAGGUGGAGGCCGAGCCCAGGUCCCGAUCGGGACCUGAGGCUGAGGCCGAGCCAUUGGACUUCGUGGUAGCCACGGAACGGGAGUUUGAGGAAGUGCUGGCCAUCUCGGGGGGCAUCUACGGCGGCCUGGACUACCUUCCCAGCCGCUACCACAGCUGGCUCCGGGACCCCGACCGCACGGUGGUGCUGGCCAAGCGCAACGGAGGCGUGAUCGCGCUGGAGUCGGUGAACGUGAUCGACGCCGGGGAGACGGCGCUGGUGGAGGGCCUGCGCGUGGCGCCCUGGGAGCGCGGGAAGGGCGUGGCCGGGCUGCUGCAGCGCUUCUGCUCGCAGCUGGUCAAGCGACAGCACCCGGGGGUCAAGGUGGCACGGCUCACCCGGGACGACCAGCUGGGCCCCCGGGAGCUGAAGAAAUACCGCCUAAUCACCAAGCAGGGCAUCCUUUUGGUCCGAUUCAACGCGUCCGCGCUGCUGGCCGGGCUGGGCGCGCGGCUGGCGGCUCUGCGGACCUCCGGCACCUUCUCGCCGCUGCCCACCGAGGCCGUGUCCGAGGCAGGCGGCGACGUGGCACGCCUCCUGCUGUCUCCCUCCGUGCAGCGCGACGUGCUUCCGGGCGGGACCAUCAUCCAGGACUGGCAGCCCUACCGGCCUAGCGAGAGCAACCUGCGCCUGCUGGCGGCCAAGGGCCUGGAGUGGCGCGUGGACAGCCGCGCGCGCCCGCGCGUGCUCACGCUGUGCACGCGCCCCUUCCCCAUCCCGCACGGAGGGGACGGCACUUGGCGCUAUCUCAACAUCGACGCCUUCGGCAGCGACGGCGCGCAGGUGCAGAGCCAGCUGCUGUGGCACCUGCAGCGCCAGGCCCCGCGCCUCGCCGGCCUCAAUGUCAUGUGCCAGCUCUUCCUGGAGCCCCAGCUGUGGUCGCAGCUGGCUGACUUCUGCCAGGCUGGGCUGGGGCUGGAGCUGGUGAAGGGUUAUACUGAACAGUACCUGCUGGAGGCCGACAUCUGA